AUAAAUGUAUGACGGAGGUGGGUGCCCCCCAUGUCAUGCAGACAUUGCAUAGAUGGAAGUGAUGUGCACGCGAUCUGCAGCAUCGUAGAGGACCCUUUCGAGAGACGACGAUCGGAUCAGCCUCAGGCAUGAGAUGAUCUGCGCGGGCCCAGAACACCAUAUGCAGGUAUGAUGGAUGACCAUACGACUCGAGUAGAAGACAUUCCUGUGGGACUGGAACGGCAAGGUACCAUUCCUCGGCCGGCACGCAGGAAGAAGAGAAUCGUCACAGUAGUAGCAGUAGCAGCAGUAGCAGUAGCAGCAGUAGCGAUCUGUGGUUCCCCAACGCCCUCCACCGUUGCCGAGAUGGCAUCAUACUGUACAUGUCGUGCGUGUGUGUAUACAGCGCUCCAGGUCCUCCUCACGCGACCCGCGCCGCCCAUGUGUUUCGCGAAGGUGAGACGGCGGAUUUCCCAACCAGUCAUGACGUACCGAACUUUUCUCUCUGGUGUUUUUUUUCGGCUAUGGCCUCAACCGCGGCCUGCAGAUCAGGAUGCGCGAACGGCGUCGAAACCCAUGUGUGGGAGAAGGUAUGUCCUCUAGUCCCUCCGUCAUCCAAUGCCUGAUGGGAGCGAGAGAAAACCACAACCUCGGAGCCAGGGUCCCGGGAUGACGAGCAGUGCAAGGGAGAAGAAAUUGACAUCAUCCACUCCGGACGAGAUCUC